UCGAAGUCAAUAUUUUAUGUCUUCCAUAGCUGCGCUCCUCGUGUCUUUCAGAAACUUGAGGUGUUUUAUGAUUUUCGGAUGCUUCGGUUAUGAACGGGAAUGUUGACUUAAUCAUAACGGACCAAUAGGUAUAGGUACGAAUUUAAAUCUAAAAGUAACACUACUGUUCGACCUGCCGUUCCUCGAUAGUAUCAACGCGUAACACACACGACAAAGGCCACCAUGAUACUGUUGUUAUUCCCUCUGCUCCUGACCGUCUGCUGCGGAAUGUCUACAGUGUAUCGCAGUCCACUGAAUGACUUCCAGCGCUCGGAGGGCAGGGAGCUGGUGCCCACGCCAUGGAACUCAGCGCUGGCGCUCAUAACAGAAGGUCUCCCCCUGGAGGACUGUGCUACGCGAUGCUCCCUAUCGCUCGACUGCAGAGCCUUCAAUUAUGAGACGCGACCUUCCAUUACCUGCAAACACUUGCAAUGGGUGGGCGAUGGCAGCAAUGCGGAGGUGAAGAGAAAUGUAAACUGCGACCUUUAUGAGAAAAAGGUCUAUGUGAGGAAGUGCAUUGUGGGAAAAGGUGAAGACUACAGGGGGAAGGUGUUCACAACAAGAAGUGGACACACUUGUCAACAGUGGUGGUCAAAGUUCCCCCAUGAUCACAGGUGGACUCCUACCGGGGACAACGGCCUGGAGCUCAACUACUGCAGGAACCCGGACGGGGACCGCAUCGGCCCCUGGUGCUACACCACAGACCCGGAGCGCCGCUACGAGAGCUGCCAUAUCCCCCACUGCAAAGACGAGGUGUGUAUCACGUGUAACGGCGAGGACUACAGAGGUCAGGUGGACCACACUGUGAGCGGCAGAGAGUGCCAGAGAUGGGACCAGCAGUACCCCCAGCAGCACAUCUACCAGCCAGAGAAGUACCCGGACAAGAGCCUGGAUGACAACUACUGCCGGAACCCGGACGCCUCGCCCGUCCCCUGGUGCUACACCACGGACCAGCAGGUGGAGAGAGAGAGCUGUGAGAUCAGCAAGUGCACCGUGGCCCCUAAGAAGCGUCAUCGCUCCAGCUACACCACCAACUGCUUCCGCAGCCGGGGCGAGGACUACCGCGGCCGCAUCAACGAGACCACCUCUGGGAUCCCCUGCCAGCGCUGGGACGCACAGUACCCCCACGAACACCCCUUCUACCCCAACACAUACGAAUGCAAGGGCCUGGAGGAGAACUACUGUAGGAACCCAGAUGGAUCGGAGGCUCCCUGGUGCUUCACAUCUGUGCCUGAGAUGAGGACCGCGCUUUGCUUACAGAUCAAACGCUGCGCAGACGACAUCGAAGCUGAAGAUUGCUACCACGAAAACGGGAAGAACUACAAAGGCAUGGUGCGCAAGACACGCAAGGGAAUAACUUGUCAGAACUGGAACGUCAACACACCCCAUCAAACAAAGAUCAACCCGAGCACCCACCCGGACGGCAACCUGACGGAGAACUACUGCCGCAACCCGGACGGGGACCGGCACGGUCCCUGGUGCUACACCACCGACGCCAAGACCGAGUUCGACUACUGCGCCAUCAAACAAUGCGCUGGUGGGAAGGACCCCGUCAUUGAGCCGGCAGAGGAGCCCCGCUUCAGCGAGUGCGGGAAGCGCGACGAUCGCGUUCCCGAAUCGGCGCGGCGGUUGCGCAUCGUGAACGGCGUUCCUGGGAACUCUCCCUGGACCGUGAGCCUCCGGGACAGGAAGGGAAACCAUUUCUGUGGCGGCUCGCUGGUGGACCCCAGAUGGGUGAUUAGCACCAAGCAGUGCUUCUCCUCAUGCUACGUGGAUCUCCCGGGCUACUCGGCCAUGAUGGGCACCCUGUUUAGGGACCCCGAAGAAGGGGAGCCCGGCGUGGAGGCCAUACCCCUCACUAAGAUUGUCUGCGGACCCUCAGAGUCCCAGCUGGUCAUGCUUCAGCUGGAAUACCCCGUCCAGAUCAACGCACGCAUCUCCCAGAUCUGCCUUCCUCCGGAGCGCUACAUUGUACCAGAGGGGACGUACUGCGAGAUCGCCGGCUGGGGGGAGACCAAAGGCACGGGGGAUGAUUCGGUGCUGAACGUGGCCCAGAUCCCUGUCCUCGGCAACAGGGAUUGCAACAAGUACUUCCGGGGCCGCGUACGGGAGAACGAGAUGUGCACCAGCUCCUUCCAGGGGGGGAUCGGCGCCUGUGAGAGGGACUACGGCGGCCCCUUGGCGUGUCAGAACAGCGACUGCUGGGUGCUGGAGGGUGUCAUCAUCCCGAUGAGGCGAUGCGGGCACCCGGGCCAGCCCAACAUCUUCAUCAGGGUGUCGGUCUACGUGGACUGGAUCAAGAAGGUCAUGGGCAUGACCUAGAGACGACCCAGGCGUCGCCCCGGGUGGGACUGACACACACCCACACACACACACACACACCCACACACACCCACACACACAUGGGGCUGACGCCCGAGAACACCUGUCCAUCGGCUGCCUGCUUCGUCUCCUAUGCCGUGUUAAACAACCUGUAUCUUUUAUUAUUCCUAAGCAUUAAGCUACAAAAAGAAACAUUUAAGGUUUGUGUAUAUUUGCAAAAUGUGUAGCAUUAGACACAUAGGGAGCUUUUCGAUAGCACAAAUGAGGAGUCUGGCUGCAUUUAAAUGUAUGGUAGUCAUUAUUUUAGCUCUUAAUAUAUUAACACAUUCCCAAUGAAAUCUGCAAUGGUUGGCUUAAAGGUUGGGUAUGGGAUUUGCGAAAGGCCAGCAGAUUUUGAAAAUACACAACUCAAAUGGUCCUACCCCCUCUCCUUCAACGCUGACUCUGACUCCACCCAUUCCAAGUACCUGGACGCGCAAUCAUGCACGAGCGCGAACACAGAUGCGCGAGAGCGAGCCAGGCUAGCGUCGGUUUUCGUUAAACAACAUGGCAACAUUAAAAAAAAAAAACAUGGGGAUGGUGGCGUCUUGUCUGCCAUGGAAAUUGUCUUCUACUGCUAGGUCCAAAUGUGGAUUAACUAGUUCCAGUAGCUAACGCAGGAUAACAACAAACAGGAGCUUGCUCUGGGUCACGAGCUCUGGGUCACGAGUACUGCACGAAGGGGUCGCACGCGGGGCGCGGGGGAGGGGGAGUGCAGUACGACCGUUUGAUUGACGUACUUACUGUCCAAUGCAACUCGGUGGCUCUGGAAAUCAUUGGCUGGAGUUUUUCGAGCCCUGCCCGUUCCACAGAUGAUUGACUUGUUUCAUUUUCAUGUCAGUACUUCUAACUCAGUGGCUGUAAGUGGGUUAUGAUAAGGAUUUCAAGUAAUUCUGCAAAAAUGGCCAAAAAAGCGAAUUCCAUACCCAACCUUUAACGCAGAACUUACUUCAACAAUAAUGGAUGUAUUAAUAUUUGCCUUUAUGCAUAUCUAAGUUUUGGCACAAUGUAUUUUCAUUUGAAGGCUAUAACAACUAUAGACUGUAGGCAGACUCAUUUCCAUCUGCUGUAUUCUUUGGGCUUACAGGAAAUGUGAAGAUGUUGUGCUCUCAUUAAAAAAUACGGGUAGUUGUACUAAUUCCCCAUAUUUCAGAGAACAGAAUGACUAAUUAUCAUAUUGUCAAAUUCAUAUAGCAGUUCAGGGAAGGGAGGGUCUUUUAAACCUCCAAUGUACCCUGAAAAUAUUCUCUCAACCCUCACUGCAAAAACAGUAUGCCUCUCGCUCACUCACUCUGUCUCUCUCUCUCUGCCUCUCCCUGUCUCUCCCUCUUGCUCUCACUCUAUCUCCAUAUCUCUCUCCGUGUCAAUCUCUCUCCCAGUCUCAGUCUCUCUCCCUGUCUCUCCCUCUUGCUCUCACUCUAUCUCCAUAUCUCUCUCCGUGUCAAUCUCUCUCCCAGUCUCAGUCUCUCUCCCUCUCUCUCUCUCUCCCCCUCCCUUUAUCUCCCUCUUUCUCACAAUCUCUCUCCCAGUCUCAGUCUCUCUCUCCCCCUCUCCCUCCCUCUCUCUCUCCCUCUCUCCCUCUCCCUCUCUCUCUCUGGUGUUGAAUGGAGAUCUGAAAUACCUUCUUUGCCCCCAGCCACUGAAGAAAUCCCUCCUCUGGCUGUCUUUUGAUGCCUCCCCCCUCUAAAGACAUGCCAUUGUGCCUUAUGCAGAACUGUACGCGCUGCACAUUCCUGUCUAUUCUAUAGGAGGAUUUCUGUACCCCGGUCCUGAUGAGCCCGUUGGAAUUCAGCUUAAAUAAACCUCAAGAUCAGAGUCCAACAGAACCUCAGACACACAGCCGGCUACAGGCCGCUGAACUCUCUCUCUCUGUCCUUCCUUCUGUCUCUCUCUGACUCUCUACUACUCGCUCCCUCUGUCUCUCGCCCUUCUCCCUCUAGUUGACUCUCUCUCUCUCUCUCUCUCUCUCUCUCUCUCUCUCUCUCUCUCUCUCUCUCUCUCUCUCUCUCUCUCUCUCU